UUUACCUACUACUUAUACUUACCUUUCCUAAUGUCCCUUUUCAUUCCCAUUCACACACCCCAUCAUUUCCUUAAUAAUUUCUUCAUCUUUCUGUUAAUUUCCCAUUAAUUUUCUCAAAAAUGGUUAAAGUAGGAGGAGUCUUCAUCUGUCUGUUAAUCGUUGCCAUGGAUGUGGCAGCUGGAAUUCUCGGCAUCCAAGCUGAAGUUGCUCAAAAUAAGGUUAAACAUAUGCGGCUUUGGAUAUUUGAGUGUAGAGACCCAAGCCAUGAUGCUUUCAUGCUAGGGUUAAUUGCAGGAGUACUUCUUGUUUUAGCUCACGUAAUCUCUAAUUUACUUGGUGGGUGCAUGUGCAUUUGUUCUCAAGAUGAGUUUUCAAAGGCUUCCCCUAACAGGCAACUCUCCUUUGCAUGCCUUCUCUUCUCUUGGGUCGUAUUAGCGGUUGGAUUGUCAAUGCUGGUGAUAGGAACAAUGUCAAACAACAAAUCAAAAGCUUCGUGUGGGUUCAUUCACCAUCAUUUUUUAUCAAUAGGAGGGAUUCUGUGUUUUGUUCAUGGGUUAUUCUGUGUUGCAUAUUAUGUUUCUUCUACUGCUGCUGCUUAGGAUUGAAGCUGGUCAUCAAAUUUUGAUGGGUGUGUAUUUGUUAAUUAUUUCAUUAAAAUCAUAUAAAAUUAACAACUUAUUAUCACCUAAA